AUGUACGCGAAAUGUUUAUAUAUUCAUUUGAUAAAACGCAAUAACAAUUUUGUUUUAUACACAUCAUUGAGGGUAUCAACAAGUGCAAAUUACGAAGAGUACGAUUUAUUACAAUACGAAUUGAAAGACAACGCGAUUACAAUUCUUAUUUUAUUUGAAAUGGAAUCAAUUAAUCCUAAUUGGAGUAUCCGAUUACAAGUUAUUCUCUGGAGAAUUGUUUUAGGAAUAUCAGUGUCGUAUCAAAUAUUUCUAAUAUAUUUCUUUACGAAAAGCAAAGCCGAAGCGAGGAAUUUAAAAUAUAUCAGUUCAUCUUUAGGAAUUCCUCUACCUGAACGUUCCUAUGCAGAGAAUUGUUCAUUAAGAUGGAGUAUUCUGAAAAAUCAACUCGAUGGUUUUGUUCUUUCUCAUAUACUCGGUUCAUAUAUCAAAGCUUUGUUAUUUCGCGAUUAUUGGAUAUGGUGGAUCUUGUCAAUCAUGUUCGAAAUCUUCGAAUAUUCUUUGCAACAUCAAUUACCGAAUUUUGCUGAAUGUUGGUGGGAUCAUUGGAUAUUGGAUGUGGCAUUUUGUAAUGCUCUGGGGAUUUAUUUUGGAAUGAAAACUUGUCAAUACUUUCAACUUGAACAAUUUCAUUGGAAGGAAGUCAAACAAACUUGUCAUGAAGAAACAAAUCAAGAUUUUCUGUCGAAUCUAUUCAAUUGGUCACCAGGAAGAACGUUUCCACAUUAUCUCGGCUUGUUGUUUAUCAUUUGGUCAACUCUUCAAUGCGAAUUGAAUGUUUUUUAUUUGAAAUAUUUGUUAUGGAUUCCUCCUGAACAUUAUUUAGUUUCAUUGAGAUUACUGGUGUUUUCGUUGGUGUGUUCACCUGCUCUGCGAGAAAUUUAUCAUUAUUAUAUUGACCCUGAACAUAAUAAAUUAGGUGCGCAUACAUUUUUUAUGGUAUCGAAUAUUUGGACAGAGAGUUUGAUUUGUUUGAAGUUUUCCAAUCGAGAAUUUCCAAAUCCUGUACCUCCUCAUAUCAAACUCUUUUGGAGUAUGUUUUUAUCGAUAUUAGUCAUCUAUCCGAUAAUGGAAUAUAAUUUAAUCAAGAGAAUCAAUUCGAAACGACGAUUGGAUUAA